AGGCAGAAUGCAUAGUAUACUCUGCAGUUAAAGAGAUUUGUAAACUUGGUUGCUUUUCUGCAGGAGAAUCCGCCUCUAACCAAAACGUCAUCAGCAAAAAUAUGUGAGUAGGGUGUUUUUCCUUACCUGAGUGCUGAGUGGUUCGUAUUUAGUUCUGCGGGGUGAGUGGUCGGGUUGACAGGCUGGGCUGUCUUCCCCAGCGCAGUCAUGCUCUCGUGGACAGGCAGUGCCUCCGCUUUCAUUUUUCUUAUGUUUUCAAUAUUUGGGGGGUAGGUGGCAUGCGCCACUGUGGGGUGUGUUAAUUAUUAUUAUUUAUCAUUCAUGGUUUGGCGGCCUCGUCUUUUGUGGGGGCUCAUAGCCACUUACUAGCUGCGCCACUGGGAUGCAUGUAACCAUUCAUGUUUUUCCAGCUGGCCUUAUGCAGGUAGCCUUUGCGAACCAACGGACGAGGCCUUUGGCCAAAUUUAUUAUUCACUCGGGCCCUGAGCGCCCAUCACAGUAAUUGGUCCCUGAGCGCCCAUCACAGUUCAUCAAACCAUCUACAAUUGCAAUCAAUAAAUCUCAUCCAUGGCGGAUUCUCUGUGCUGAAUGCCACUAGCCGUAUUGAAGACUAUAAAGUUGCAGAGGUGCGUGUUGUCACCGAGAGAAUGGCUGAGAAACAAAGAACAGGAGCUUAAAAUAAGAAACCAAGACCCGACCAUGCACAAGGUGUGAAGUGUGCGGGAAGAGCUGCUGAUCAUGGUUGCACAGACAUCAUGGUUGCACAGAAGAAGCAAACACCCCCUUUCAUAGCUGUAAAUACAUCAUUUUACCAGUAAGUUUCAUGAAGAAGUAGGUCACUAUGAGGUAGGUGUAGGUGUUGCAUACAGAUUGAUAUAAAAAAAAAAAAAAACAGAUUUGUCUAUAGGUUAAUACAUCGAUCCUCUCAAUAAUGUGAGUAUUUGUAACCAAGUUUUAUCACAAUUUGUGUUAUCUACAUACAAGUAAAAUAUUCUGUGUGACUCAUGUACAUAUGUACAAACAGAAAGAUAAGCAGCUUUUUGAUGUGUACCAGUUAUUGGCUUAAUUAGUCAAGAUUAACAUGUGUUCCAGAUCUUUAGCCACUGAUGAUGUAAAGACACAUAAAACCUGCAGGAUAGGGGCUCUCCAGCACCAGGAUAGGACACCCCUGCCCUAGAGGCUGCUGCUACUUCACUUAAAAUAACUUUUUUUCAGUGCCAAGUAUCUUGUUUUGGGUUGACUCAAGUUCUUCAUUAAAACAUCACGAAACCUGUAAAUUGUGCAGCAAGUUUCAGAGGCUUUGCCACUUAUACCCAGUCUGCACUACCUAAAUAAAUAAUGUGAAAUUAACAUGUUUGAUAUUCAUGAAAUGAAUUAAUAAUAUUCUUUUUGAGCAUGUUUAAUUCCAGAACAGGAAGUGCACAGUUGACUUACUGCUUAGUCUAAGCGAGUGGGACUUACUUGUGGCUCUUUAAGUCUAGUGCAAACCGGGUCUGCACUGCUCAGGUCAAUAAUUAAGGAGGAGGUUUAAUCGAAGAGUCACAAGUGAGCACCACACCCUAUGACUCACAAAUGUGAAAUGUCAGUUGUUAAAAAAAGUGUCAUGAUUAUUUUUUAUUAUUAUUAUUUGAUAACAAAAAGAGAAAACAGUUGGAAACAUGAACAAUUUUUAAUAUUGAUAAGAAACAUCUAUUUUAAAAAGCUUACAUACAAUACCUCUACAAUUUACCUGAAUUUAAACUACUGUCAUAAACUACUGCUGUUACACAUACCUUUGUUCUUCACACGAGGUGGUAAAUGUGAUACAUGUUGUCUCAUUAACCCAGCACAGCUUUUGGCUUUUUGUUGUUAUGUCAGAUCCACAAUGUAGGUUGAUUUUCAAAGUGUUUAUGAAGGAUUAAGCUCAUAGGUAUACAGUGGUAUAGAGCCAUUAUGAAGAUGAAUACUGUGUUGACAUAUAUGCAUGUUCCAAAUUUAAGAAUACACUACAGGCAAAGAACCAAAAGAUCUUCAACAGGAAAUGCCGAUCAUGGAUAAUAAAUAAUACCGUAUCCAGGAAGUCUCUUUGAUAUUCAGUUCUCUUUUACAGGGUUCAGGUCAAGAGCUUGAUUGUCCAAGAUAAAAAAUAAAAUAAAAAAUAAAACAUAAGAUACAAUUGCAUGAGUUGUGUGCACUUUCUGAAUUGGUAAUGAUUGUGAGUUGUAUGUAUACGACUCCUGGAUGGAAAGCCCCUUGUUGCCCACCUCUGCACUGUUGCAAUAUAGCUUCUGCUGAAUUUCACACCAGGAUGUUAAAUAAAAAGUUGUUUACCACCAUAUCCUGUCAGGUUAUCACAGAAGAUAUAUUUAAACUCCAUAACCCCUUUUUUCAUUUAAGGGUAUCAUUAGUGACUGCUGGCUCAAAAUGUAUUACUUGAUGUUCACCGUCCUUCUUUUACUUCAUCCCUGGGUUCCAACUGGAGCUUUCAAUACUUCUAUUAUUGGAGGCAGGGCGGCAAAACCUCACUCCAGACCCUACAUGGCUUCACUGCAGAUUGAUAGUCGUCAUAUGUGUGGAGGGUUCCUGGUGCGAGAAGACUUUGUUUUGACAGCCGCCCAUUGUUACACAGACAGAGCUCUUACUGUGGUUUUGGGUGCCCACAAUCUAAAAGUCAAGGAAAAAUCACAGCAGAAGAUUCAAGUAAAACAAUUCUACAAGCACAAACUGAAUACGCUGAACAAAUAUGACUUUGAUGUCAUGUUACUGAAGCUUGCUACAAAUGCCACCCUGAAUAAUAAGGUGAAAGUGAUAGGGCUCCCCAAGAAAAAUGGAGAUAUUCCAGCCAAAACUAAAUGCACUGUAGCAGGCUGGGGUAAGAAGCAUGCCACUGGAGAAGCUGAAAAUGUUCUUCAGGAGGUAACUGUGGUCAUAGAAAACAGGAACGACUGCAAAAAGGUGUGGAAAAAAUAUGUGAAUAACAGAAUGAUAUGCACAAAUUUCACUGGACAAAAGGGCAUAUGUCAGGGUGACUCAGGAGGCCCUCUCUUGUGCAAUACAAAAGCACAAGGAAUUGCUGCAUUCACAGGACAAGACUGUGAGGAUCGCACAUACCCGCAAGUUUACAUGAAAAUUGCAAGCUUUAUUCCAUGGAUAAAUGAAAUAAUGGAAUAGUUACGUGUAACACGGAUGGAUAACAAAAUGUUGAGAGUACUUUUGGAACAUUAUAGUGUUUCCACAUCUCUAUUAAGAAUUUCCAAAAUUGUAUUGAUUGUUUCAUUAAAAACAUCAAUUUGAAUUAUUUGGUUUUUCAAGUCUUUAAAAACAACACAAUCGUAAUAAUCUUAAAACUAAAAUACACUCUCUGAUUUUCUGUAAUCUUAUUUCAAAUGUUACUUUAUUACAUGAUAUAACACAGCCUCAAAAACUUGGAAUCAGAAACAGAUCAGAGAAAGCUGGUUCACAGUUUCAACAAUGCAUUGCCGCAAUUGUUCACAUUCUUUUUUUUAAC